AUGACAUCCAAAAAGACUUCACUAACAAGUUCAAAUAGUGAAGGAAAGAAUUUGAAAAAUCUACCGUCAUCAUUAUCAUCAUCACCAUCUCCAAAGAAAAACCCUCUAGGUAAAUCGAAUACAAAUGUACCAAAUAAUACGGGAUCUUCCAAAAAGAGAAAAUUAGAUCAUCAUAAUGACUCCAACAACAAAAAAAGUGACGAUUUCCAUUAUAGUAAGAAGCAAAAAUUGAAUCAAACUACAUCUCAUUCCAAAAAUAAUGACAAACUAAAUGCAAACUUCACAAACAAAAACCACAAGAAGAAGCAUAAUCCACAUUUGAAUUCUCAAGGUAGUCAAAACCAUAAUAGAAAUGCAACUAAACCCAAAACACGUCAUCAAGAUCAUCAUCCAGCUUCAAAUAAAAUACGAGACAAAACUACAACAACACCCUCAAAAAAUCUGAAUAAAGCCGGAGUUACGACAGCAAAUUCACCGUCAUCAACUAACAACAGUAUAUUCAAGACCUCAUCCAAAUCACAAAUUGAUAGUAUUGCCACUAUAGAAUCUCAAAAAGAGAAAAAUAAAUUGAGAAGACUACGGAGGAAAGAAAAGACUAAAGAAAAGAAGAAGUUAGAUUUAAUUAAUACUCCAAAUAACACUCAACAACUGCUAUUGCAACAAUCGCAAAAGUCGCCCUUAAAACCUCACAAUCAUGCACUGGAUAAAGAUCGAAUAUCAACAAAUGUUCAACAAAACCAACCUACUAAAUCCCAAGGUAUAAAACUACAGCCUAAAUCAAAGCAGUCCCUAUCCAAAAAUAAAUCCUUAAGUGAUUCAACCAAAGAUCAUCCAAAGAUAAUUCAACAUCCAUCACUGCCAUCAACUCAUCAACGUCAUCAUAUACUAACUCAACUGCCUAAAAAUCUGCCGAAGAAGCUGCCAAAGAAACCACAAAAACAUCAACAGAAUAUUUCACAUUCACCAAAGCAGCAGCAACAAAAUAAAGGUGUCCAUAAACCAAACCACUCAUCAAACAACAAAAAGCAGAAGAUAGUCAGCAAGAAUAAAAGUCUUGGUAUAUUGACCCAAUUGAAUAAUCAGCAGCAGCAAGAUCAGCACAAAGCUAAGGAGAAAAAGAAUGUCCAGAAAUCUAAACCUCUAAUUGAACAUCAGGAAAACAAUGGAAAUCACCAAGAAGCGGAAAUAUCCGGUCAAAUAGUUGAACAAGAUCUUCCAAUAGAACUACAAGCUGAUGGAAACAUGUAUUCUGACAACUUGGGGAAAAGAAAUGAACAACAACAAGAAGAGCACUGCCCCACCAGUAAUGUACCAAAUAAUACGGAGAAUAAUCAGGAUCAGAUUGUCACUAAGUCAACUCAAGACCUCAGUAUCCCUCAUAAAGAUAUAACAAUUUUGGAAAAAGCAAUAUUAAGUAAUGAGGAGGCGGAAAGAACUAGAAUGGAUUUAAAUUUAGAUGAUCAAUCUCCACAAGCUACAGAACAUGACGUGGAGAAACCAGGGGAAUUUGAAUUAAAUGAAUUGGAUGAACCUGAGGAGAAUUUAAUAAUCACCACCACUGAAUCAACAUCUAAACAAGCUGACUUCAAAAAAGACGCAGAAGCUCCCAAUACUGAAUCAAAAGGGCUAAACGACGUUAGUAAACUUGAAGUAGAACCGCCAGAACUAGAUCAAACAGAGAAAAUACAAAGUGUUGAGGAGCCAUUCCAAGAAGCUCUUGAAAAACCCGUGACAGAGCUUAAUCCAAAAUUCAAAAAAAACAAUAAGGAUUUAAAGUCAAAAAUUAUUCAAAAGUUAAUAUUAGGUCUAAAUAUAGUAACACCAUGUUUAACACCAAACAAAAAUUACAUCAAUUUUUAUAAUGAGGAAAUAAAUGAUUUUUUCAAUUAUUCAACUUUUGAUUCUAAAAGUAAAUUAAAACCAUCAAAAAUUUCAUGUGAUGGUUCAUAUUCAUUUGAUUCAACAAAUCCAGGUGCACAUUGGUCAUCAAAAGAUAAAAAUUUAUUUUUCAAUCUAUUAUCGAGAUAUUCAAUACAUCGAUUAGAUUUAAUUAGUGAAAUUAUGAAUAAAUCAUCAAUGGAAAUUUUAGUAUAUUAUAAUUUAUUGCAAACUGAAUUAAAAAAAUUGAAACAAAAGAACGAUCCAAAUUUGGUGUCGAUUAAUGAAAUUCCCGUUGCUUACGAAAUGCUGCAAAAUUUUGUUAGGUUUGAAGAUGAACAAAGUCAAUUGAUUGAAAGUUUUGGCGAGAAUAUAAAAUCUAACAAGAAAGAAACAGUUUCUGAAGAAGUCAAGAACAAAGUGGAGAUAACUAAUGACAAGAAUAAAGAGAUGGUCACUGAAGAAAUCCCUCUUAAUAGUCUAGAGGAAUCUGAUCAGUUGAUUAAUAAAAAUAAAUUAUCAUUAUUGACAAAUUUGGAUGUUGAUGAUGCAACAUUUGAAGAUUUUACUAAGUUAACAAAAUUGAUAACCAAGAAAAUCAUAUUAAAUUUAUUAAAUUUGAGUAAUGUAUCAUUACAAGAUUUUGGAGCAACUCAACAACUAAAACCAAAUGAAAGUGAAUCUCAACAAGACGAUUUAGAAUAUUUUUGUCCUCCAAUAACCAAACAUGAUGUGACAAAUACCAUAAGAGAGGUUUCAACUAAUGCUGAUUAUUUCUUUAAUAUGAAAAAUAUUAUGAGAUCUAUCAACCAUGAUAAUGAGACGAGAAUCAUACCAAGUGCAUGGUCAAACUUAUUCGGUGAGAAAUUCCAGACAAGACCCUUUUUCUAUGAUGUAAAUUUAGUAACAAAUUCAAGUAAAGAAGUUCCAGAAUUACAACAAUCUCAACAAAGAUUGACUAUAAAUGGUUUAAGACUACCUGAUAAACAACAAAGUUUAACGCGACCAAGAAGAGCUCAACAAAUAAGUUCAAAAUUAAAUAAGAUUUUUGAAGAAGAGACAAGUCAAUUAAGUAAAUUGGAUUUACUCAAACUGCGAAAGUACGAGACUGACCUAAUAAAGAAUUUUUCACAUAAAGAUACUGUUGACAGUACUGGAAACCCCUUUAAGAAACCGAAAUAUACUAAAGAUGAAUUUAGAUUAAAUCAAAUGUUGAACAUAAUCUCCAAAAUCAGAGACUAUGAAAUUGAUAUGGAAAAAUUAGAUCAAAAAAAGGGUGAAUUAUUAAACAACGAUAGAUUUAAAGAAAAAUUGAAAGAAUUUAAUCAUGAAUUUGCAAAUUAUUCACAAGAUGAAGGAGAACUUGAGAUGACCUCAGGUGAGGAUGAUUUAAGUGAUUAUGAAACAAGUGACAAUGAGGUUGAAUCAAAUGAUAUUGGAAUAGAUCAACAAGAACUACAAUCAAGAACUAAUUUGGAAAAUAAAGAGCAAGAGCAAGCAAACGCAAUUGAUGAAUUAGAUAAUACCAGCUCAAUGUCAAAUCCUAAUAUCAAUGAUAAAGUAGUUGAAAAAGAGUUAGUCCCGAAUAUACAUUUGAGAGAUGAACAAAAAGAGAAUGAAAAUGAAAUAAACAUCUCAAAGAAGACCAAAAAGUACAAAAAAAGACGGCCAUUAAUUGUUGAAGAAUGGUUAAACUCAGCAAAAGAAACUCCAAAUGUAACUAAGCCCAACGAUGACAAAGUCCCAGAAAUUGAUUUAAUUGCAGAAUUGAAAUGGAAACAAAUAUCAGCAAAUGAUGAAAAAAAUCAAAGUUCAAAUUCAAUAACAAAUAGAAUUGCGAGUCAAAACCUACUUGAAGCUCCUAUGCUUAAAACCAAAUCAAUAAACUUAAAUCAGGAUCCAACUCAACAAAUCAAUCAAAUUGUUCAAAAUUCCAAUAUUGAUACAGAAUCAAAAUCAGAAUCCAAAAAAAAGAUUAGAUUUAGAGAUGAUGUUAAAAAUAAAAUAGAAUUUUUACAAUUUAUAAAAGAAAUAAAAAAUCAACAAAAUCUAAGUACAAAAUUUGAAGACAGAAGUAAAUUUUACAAUGAGACAGUUGGAACUGAAAUUAGAAGUGUUUCUCCUAAUGAUUCAGAAAUGGAAGAUUUUUUUAUUAGAGAUUAUCCUACUGAAGUAAAUGACGGUUACUGA